AUCACCGAUAUCGAUUUCUCUCAAACCGAGAGCUCGAACAUCGAGAAAUUGAACAAAUGUAUUAAUAAGCCUUUUGAAUCAAUGGAUGCAUUGUUAUCGGUUACCAGUCCUAAAUAUGUUGAAAAAUUCAAUCAAGUUUUAUUCGAAAGACUACUAACGCUGGAAAAAUCGCAAGACGAAACUGGUUAA